GGUUUCUUUACAAUUGAUUACUUUGAGGAGAGAGAGAUCUGUGAAGAAGCCGUAUCAUGGAUACCAGUGAUGAUAUCAUGGAUACCGGUUCCAAAAUGUCGGAAAAUGAACCUCCGCACCAGGAAUCCGGUCAUCAAAAGCGGCGAGGACUCACGCUGGACAGUCUGGACAGACUCAGUCCCUCCCUAGUGACGCUAGAGUCACUAGUGUCACAGUGGCCUCCCAACACCUACGACUCAGGGUACGGUCCUAGUCCUUUGUCCAACGAGGUUAGAUUCUCCUACUCCCGAGAGGACUGUGAAGGAACCUCGGACGAGGAUUCUUCCAACGAAACACGUCGGCAUGACGUGAUUGACGAAGGAAAUUUAGGUAGUUCGGGUGAAAGGGAUUCUUCAACACCAAAAGCCGGUUCCUUAAUUGGAAAUAUUCGCGAGAAACUUUUCCGAGCGAAUACUCCACCCAUCAAGAUCCCGGUACCCAAAUCCCCGUUUGCCGGUUCUCAGGCAACUGGUAUCACUAAUUAUUAUCCAGAAACUAUCAGUCAGGCAGAGUUAUGGCAGAACGUAAACGUUUUACCUGAAGAUGAUACGAAAUCCCCGACAUUUUCGCGUGCGUUUUACCGUUCCCGCACAUUCUCAUGCCCGGAAUCUUCUCGUCCGACACCGCGUCGACCUCCAAUUCCAGUUUUUCCAUCAAUCCAGUCACCUGUCACACCAGAAUCCUUUGACCGACAAUAUUUAUUUCACCGACCUCUGCCAGCAGCACCAGACGGUCUACCGAAAGCCUAUACAGACCCUAGCCCCGGUAAAGUUCAAUCUCUUGUCCCUGAUGAAAUUGAGAGAAAUCGACCUCAGUGUCAACUGGACGAUGGAAAUGAAAAUUUUUCAUGGCGCCAGGAGAAAUUUCGAGCGAUGGCAACUAUGGAUUCAACUCGCAGGCCACAUGACAGAAUUCAUCAUCACUUGAAUCUCGGCACCCAAACCCCGUCAGCCCCCAAACCCCGUCAUGGCAACCAACCCUUGUUGACACCUCCUGUCAACAUCAGACCUGCCGGGUCCAAAGAUGCCAUUGUUGACCUGUCCGAUGAUGGACCGGAUGUGUACUGUAUGGCUUGA